AGUUCCUCCCUUCUGACUUUAUCCUCACUCUGGAGCCACUGCUCCUCCUUUCUCCUUCUUCAGAGACUGGCCAUUCCUGUGGUCUGUAGGUUAUGCCCCCUUAGCUCUUCUCCAACCCUGAGCUCCAGGUCGGCUUCCUGCCACGUGACUGCACGCGGUGACCCACAGGCACCUGUCUCACACUCCCAAUGCCCAGGGGUUCACCCUGUCUCUCCAGAGUCUUCGGUCCCUUCCUCCAGCCUUCCAGCAUUCUCUGCGCCUCCCUCCCUCCACCCCUAGCCCACAGAUCCAGACCUGCCGGCAGUUCCUGUGUUGACUCUUCUCCAUUUUGUUCCUUAUAUUGGAGCACCGCUGCUGCCCUGUGUGCGGACUCCAGCUAACUCUGUCAUCCUUCAUCCAGACCAUCUGCUCAGGGCUUUGUGCCCCUCUGUGCUCCAGCAGCACCCGAGCACACUGCUCUAUGCCUCUGCUUUCCCAGCCGGCUACAAGCAGUUCCCAGACUGGAAUGAAGUCCUAUCCUCAGGACCGAGCAUUAGUUGCUCAGUGGUGAACACAUGGCUUUCUGUGUCCUGCUGAGAGGGAUAUGAGGAUCAAUUCCAGAGUCUACAGUCUGGAAGAUGACAGCAAAUGUUCCUGAAAAGCUAUGUAUGUGGCCAGAAAGAAAGGAACAAGAGCAUCCUUUGGGAAGCUUAGUUCUGGUUUGGAUGUUUUAGGAAAAACCACAAACAAACUACAGAAAAAAUAAAGGCUCCCCAUUCCUCUUUUAAAAUAAACACAAGGGACUUUGAAUAAAACAUUCUGUAAACCCAAACCAGAACUAAGCUAGUUUACUGAACUCAAAGGAAUCAUUUUCACUAAACCAUAAAACAAAUGUUUUUCCUAAAAAUUACUUGGUUAACCAACACAUAUAGGAACGAAGUAUUUUCCAAAACAAUUUCACUGAACAUACAAUCCACACGUUGUUUGGAAAUUGAUGUGUGCCUUCCUGCAUGGGAAGCUGAAGUCCGGGCGCCCAUGAAUAACUGGUGCCUGUUAUGCCAUCCCCUCCCCCAUCUUUGCCUCCGGAUUUGACGCACCUGCUCUCCUAAUGACUGGCCACCACGCCACCAAGCCUGACCCUGGCCCUUGCAUUUGCUGUUCAGCCCAAAUGCAGAAAUUGCCUAUUAACCCUGUAAACAGGCCUCUGCCCGCCGCCCCCGCUCCAGGCGAAUAGCUGGUGGAAAGCUAAUAGCUGGUCCGUGGUGGAAAGUUGAGCUGACACAGAAUGAGAGGCAGGGGCAUGUUUCAAGUGUCUAGGUGAGCUGUGCCAAACUCCAUGAAUAGCCUUGGGUUGAGCACAGGAUGGGGAAGGCUUGGAACCUUGAGAGGAAAGAUUAUUCCUACCCCCUGCUCAUAGGCCCACAGAUGCUACACUGCCCCCUGAGCUGAGCCCUCUCAUGGGCCUGCAGGGAGGAGAGAGAAGCCCCACCCAAAACUACCUCCAUCUAGAGCGACCCAGCCCUGGUGCUCAGGUGUGUGGAUGAGGUUCAUUCCAUCCACCCCCUUUUACAGUUGAGCAAACAAGCCCUUAGGUCCCCAUGGCCUCCCCCAGACCUCUCCACAGGUUGCUGACUCCCCACUCAGGCUGCCAACUGGGUGGGACACAGGUCCCCAGCCAUUGCCGCCUCCGGGCCACAAUUUCCUUUUAGGGUCAGGGAAGACUGAGGGCUUUGUAGGCCUAAGGGCAGGAGCCUGAGGAUGCAGCCUGGGAAGUGGGAGGAGGAUUCUUCAGGGCGUGGCCCGGCUGGAGCAGUCCUACCAUCUCAGAUCCCUGGGAAGACAGGGAGCGGGAGCAAUCUGUCUGGUGACCCCAGGGCCAGUGGCUAGGAACAUGCACUGGGAAGGGAAGAGUGUUGGGUGGCAGGCUACUCCCCCUCCCUUCAUUGAGACGUCACUGGAGUCUGGACCAGGAACAGGGGGAGGAGUCACCAUAAAUCCCAGAGCUGGCUGCCUGGGGAUCCCACUGUCACCUGGAGGAGCCACCUCAAGGAGCCUCCUCCUCCACAGCUUUCCCUCCGUGAGUGAAGAGGCUGCUUUCCCCCAAGGGCUGGGACUCCUGGAUGGCAGUCUGUCCUGGGUGUAUGGCACUCUGUUCCUCUUCUCCCUCCCAAGUCCCUCUUACCCAUGAAUCACGCCCCAAAAAGAGCCCUUUCCCUUUCUCUCCCCAACACUGUUUCUAUGCCUGCUGCCUCUAGUGUGGGAGGGACGAGGGGUAAAAACACUUGCCCCUGUCACCACCACACAUCCAUUCCACAUCCCCAACUGCCAUGGAAGAGAGAUGGCAAACCACAGAGAAAAGGCAGGGUGCUGUGCACCAGGUGCCCCCAGUGCCCCUACACUGCUGCCUGUCUCUUGGAGGGCUCCCCUGACCCGAGUCUCUGUUACUUUUUCCAACCUUCUACUUCUGGAAUCCCUGAUGGGAGGAGGGGUAGGCCUGACUGACCAGGAAGGGCCCUCAGCUGGCAAGGCUGGAAUCCUCUAUGCCCGGGGGGGAGGGGGGGGGUCUGGAGAAGGCUAGCUGCCUGGAGCCUCCGGGGUCCAGAUCCCUGGACUCCUGGGAUGAGGAGCAGUGGCAGAAGAGGGAAGGGCAUUAGGAACCACUAAAGCUGCCCCUGAAGCGCCAGCUGUCCAAGGGGACCCUGGAAGAAAAGGAAGGAGGUGUGGAUGGAAGUAUCCGCCUUCUUGAGUGCUGUCCACUAUCCGUGGGAGCAGCCCUGUCAUGGCCGGCUGCAGGCUAGGCCUUCUGCUACUGCUGCUGCUGACUGCCCACCCUGGACACUCGAAGGCUCAGCACUGGUCCCAGGGCUGGUACCCCAGAGGAAAGCGGGCUUCCAGCUCACCCCAGCACCCACAGCAUGUCCCAAGGCUCCCAGGAAGGGUCCUGGGCACUGCAGCAAGCAGACCAGACAAGGCUGCCCAUAACCUCCCAAACGAUGCCCUGGCUCCCUAGAACAGUGUGCCCUGGGAGGCCAGAACCACAGGCUGGUGGUCCCUCCACAGGAAGCAGCGCCUGGUGCAGACACUGCUGGUAAGUACAGAGAGAGGCCCAGGCAUUGGCCACCAGGGGCCAUUAUGGCCAAGGACUUGGGCUAUGUGGACAGAAGAGGGGGUAAUGAGAAAACACAGAGACGCCCCCUGCCAAAGCACCCUCAGGCACACAGCCAGAUGCCAUCUGCUAUUCUUCCUAUUUCCCAGAAUUCUCGGAACAAUUUAUGAUAAGAUACUUAUGUUAAAGUAAAAGAUUCGAAGUCAUUAGUGGAGUAGGAGGAGACAAUUGUGCUUAAAACCUCCAUAAGUAAGACCACAGCUGUAGCGGGAUCCUCUAGGCUUCUUUCUCAUCAUCAGGAGAACCCAGUGUGUCUCCCAGUGGGAAGAGAUGAGGAGUGUGAACUCACACUAAUAGAAGGGGGCCCAGAACCAGGUGGUCACUGCACUAGCAAUGACUUAGUGAUUGCAGAAGACCAAGUGCAGAGAUGGAUUACUACUAUUUUGCAAAUUUAUUUUAAAGUGCACCAGGAGGGCGCUAACUGAAGGAGAAAGUGGUAAAUUCCCAUAAGGCAAAAACUUAUCACCGAGUUUAAGUCGGUGUGAGCUCAGGCUUUCACAUACCAGGUUAAGGGUGGGCAACACCCAAGGAGCUACAGAGCGCCCACGCUGGGUCCUCUAGCAGCCAAGGCGCGUCCGCCAGAAGGCCACGUCCAGCUCCGCGGGGACAGGUCGGGAGGAGAGGGGGCGGGCAAGGUCGCAGCUGGGCUGCCAGGGCAUCUGCUAAAAUGCCCGCUUCCUCCCCGCGCAGACCGAACCUAGAGCGCCGCGCCCUGCAGCCCUCCAAUAACGAUGUGAACUCCCUGAAGCUACUGCCUCGAGAUCUCUCAGUCGUCCCCUCCCUUGCCCACCCGCGCUGAGACCCUACCCCGCGCGGGGGGCUGGAGGGACGCGGGCCGGGCCCGCCGGCGGGAGGGACACGGGGCGGGUCAUGGCAGGUCUCGCAGGAAGGGCGAAGCCAGAGCCAGCGGGCCAGGGGCGGACGCAGACGUUGAGGGGUAG